GCGUUCAACCCUUUGGGAGAUCCUUUCAUAACCUUGCAAUACCAUCCCAUCCCAGCACAUCCUAUUCACUUUCGCUCUUUUUUAUUUGGUUCUUUUGCGCAGACAAUCAGGCCACUCAGUAGUCGUCGUCUUUCACGCCAUUCCCUUCUUUCAGGGUUCUUUUUCUUUUAGUUUUUUUAGUGGACGUGACAAGCUGCGGGGCUGGCUGCUCGCCUUUUUGCUGCUCGACCUUUUCUCUUCUCUUCCCUUCGCCUGUUGGGUUCCACUUUAUAUUUUCUUGUAUCCCUAUUUCCAUACUUAUUGUACUGUAUUUUUAGCAACUGGAAUCACAUGUGGAUUCUGACGAUGGCAUCCAGAACACACAAUUGGCGGCUGGCACGCUGCCUUUGCUCGGCCCCGCUACUCCUCUUGAUAAUCAGCAUCAUCUGCAGCAUGUUCAUCUCGGGCACAACUGCGCAGAUAGACGCUAAAUGGAAUCCAGAGCUUAUAUUCGACUACAAGAUUGCGUGGAUAGACGUCGAGUCGGCGACCUUUGGUGUCAGUCUGCAAGCCCAUAAGAAGCCGGUAUUCAUCAGCGGGAAUAACUGGUCACUUCUGGUACGCUACGACGCAAGCGCGCGGGCAAACAUUACGCAAAUCAGCCAGGGCUGGGGGCUGAACUACUAUGACUACUCUACGUGGAUUCUCGUUUCAGGCAAAGAGCAGUUCAACAUCCUACGCUACACGGUGCGCUCGAGCGGCAAAAUGAACCUUGAGGACACGGUAAACAAACUGGCAGUACCAAACCAACUUUUCCUGAUUAACAGCAUCGAUUUCAGCGAUAAUCAGCCGGGAGCUGAAUUGAAAUCAGGCAUCGACUACUUUGUCAACACGGAUGUCAACCUGGCGCAGAUCCCGAAGAAGGCAUUUGGGGACUGGCUGAAUCUGAAGGAGAUCGAUGCGGGGAAAAUUCUGAGCAGUGUCAAUGAGCAGCCAUCAAGUGGCUUGGCAACACAGCAGUCGGAUGCGGAUGAGAGCAAUGUGGCCAAGUCUGAUGACGUCCCUGAAACGACUCCAACCAGAAGCUCCAGCAGUAGCCGUACUACAGCAACUCCCUUGACGCCGUCCAAGCCCCAAGCGUCUACCUCCUUGCAGGUGAGCAGCACGACAAUGGCCACUGUGCUGCCGCCCGUCAAGUUUAUCAAGGGUGAUCCGAACUAUGACCCGAAUAUUAAUGUUAUCGGCACAGUGCUUUCCGCACCGCGGACUGGAUUGUAUUUGGUCAGCACGAUUUUGGGCAUUGGCAUUAUAGCUCAUGCUGCGGGAACGUACCGCCGCUUCCAGUACAAGCGCCAAUACCAGUCGCUGGUCCAGCGCAGUAAAUCGGCCACCUGCAUGCGUGAUGGCUCUGCCAAAACCAAAAUGUUUUUGAUGUGAAUAAAUAAAAAUGGCUUGUUUAUAAAAUUGUUUUCCAGUCGGCUCCCAUUACAACCGUGUUAGCAGAUUUUAGUACUAUUUCUAAAUUUAGGUGUUUUCAAUGCGAG